AUGGGCCUCCGAUGCAGUUUUUUUGUGGCUGCUGCAUUUGGCCUGCAGACGGAAUGUGGUGUAUCGCAGCUGGCACUACUGCGCAUGGCUUCUUAUGGACCUAUGCGUGAUGUGUGCCACAGGAGUAUUCUUGAAGUAGCAGCCUCAUCCCAUAGUGGUUCUUUUUCAGCGAUGUGUUGGGUGCCCGUGGUGGAGUUGCUGGUGGCUAUACGAAACCAGCAACAGAAGAUGGUGGUUGAGGCGGAAUCGGUGUUUGGUCGCGUGGAGGAGUUUACCCGUGAAUCCUGCGAGAUUGAUCGUGCGCAGGCAUCUCCAAAGGCACCUGUUGCCGCUACAAGAGCUGUGCAAGAGGUGCUGCAGGGCAUUUCGACCGUUCUGCAGAACACAAGUGCCGAUGGAAAGAUGCUUUUUGCUGCAUUUUAUGUGCUGCGUCGGUUCCUGGGGUACUCGCUCAUCUCGCAUGCAGAAGAGCAAGGGACGGUUGUGACGAACUUAAUCAAUGUGCGUGACUUCAGUGGUCUUGUGGUUCCGAGGCUUGUUGAUGUCGCGGAAGCUCGGCGUGGAAAGGGUGAUGAAUACAUGCGCCUUGUGGUGGAGUUUGUUGUGGACAUUCUCAACACCGUGUGGGGCUCAUAUAUCUGCGGAGUGAGGUCGGAGACGGUUGGCCGGCACUCGGAACUAAUCAACUGUUUUUCCUUUUUUCGGAGCUGUUAUGAGCAGUGUGGGGCCUCGGCGGAAGCGCGCAUGCACGUGCUGCAAGGUGUGAAGGAGCUCAUUGCCCGCACGCUGCUCAAGGUGGGGUCAACCAGGAGGGGACCAAUGGGGUUUCACGCGCAUACACUGUACCUCAUGGCACGGAUUUGGCUUCAGUUGCUGCAUCCCGUCGUGCGAGCCCUUUCAGACAAGGAUAGUGUGGGAACAGAGACAUGCAGUCUCGCCGUGCACAUACUUCGCAAGCUUGUCGUUCUUGGUUGUGGAACGGGCGGCUCAACUGUUGACGUUCAGCUGCCGGAGAGCGUCCGCAAUAUUCUGCUGCUACUUCUGGUGAACGUGGCGUACGUCGGGGGCAUGUGCAGCGACGUUGACAGUGCACAGUCAUGUGUGGCGCAGUUUUCUACCAUUUGUGCGACUGCGCUGAAUCGGGAUGGGACAAUUCCCUCGGAAAUUGAGUCGCCGCCCCUCACUACCGCAGCACACGUGGCGGAAUCAAAUUCCGCCACGGAGAUUAGCACAAUUCUCCUGCAACAACUCGUCGAGAAUGUGCGGCAGAGGCCGAACAUGCUCGUCCUCCACGCGCUGGAACGCAUGAGCCUGCUCCUCUUCUGCCAUGCACAACAAACACGGACGGAUGUCAUCAGCGCCCUACGCGCGCUGGUGAUGCAGCUGGCGCCCUCUCAAUUGCAGCAUCUCGCCGUGCACCUUGCCGACGCCGUGCUGGAGGCCUCCUUGGGCCACGCGACACCGGAGUACAAGCCCUCCCUGACAGAGCCAAUUGGCGUGAGCCACGUCCUCUUUGGCCUGAAUGCGUCCAUCGUCAUGCGCAGGUGUUCGCCCACCGCAUUCCGUGCCACUCUUCCCCUUGUGUUAAACUUCAUGUCGCAGGAGAUGCUCUCGGAGGGGCCACUGGAGCAUAUGGAUGCCAUUGCGGAGAUCGUGCUGCAGCACUGCCUGGUUCCCCUAGCUGUGUCACCGCGUUCUUCCUUCCAGAUUCGUGCAACUGCCGUUCGCUUCCUCAUGCACGCUGUUUCUCUUUGUGUCACGCGUCAAACCGUUGAUGGUAAAAAGUCUUGCAGCAGCCGCAGCAGCCGCAUCAUUGCGGAGUGUGUGAGUCUGCUUCUUUUUGCGCUGCGUGUUCCCGUGCGUUUUAUCGUUCCUGACGGCGCUGACCAUGCCGGGCGCCAGUGGGUGAAGGAAGAAAAGUCGGGUGCUCUUUCGGCGUACAUGCGGGAAGGCGCGGCGGCUGUUCAGACGCUGUGGACCGCUGAGGCAUAUGAAGUGACAGGAAGCCGGCAUAUUUCGACGAUUGGCGUCACGGAGGAGGUGGAGCCCGAAGAACUCCUCCGCACGAUGCGUGGCAGCUGGUCCUCGCCGCUUGGGGAGUUGGCGACGGAUGAGCAGUUGGUGGAGUACUGUACAUUGAUGGCACAGCUGCUGCCACCGCUGCCGAAGGUGUUGGGUGCUCUCCCUCCUCCUGCCUUGGGGCCGGAGAACGGCACCGCGACCAGACACUCUCCACCACAGAAGCAGCAACGACAGGAAGAAGAGCAAGACAAAGAAAGGGCAGAGAAGCAGCAAGUUGGGUUGGGGGUGUGGACGCCUCCUUCCGCAGAUUACCGGCUGCUGAAGGAGUUGGUGCAAGAGGCCGUUGGUAUCUUUUUUGCCAUUUUGUGGCGUGUGAACAAUGUAGUGGAGAUGGAGGAGUUUGCGACGAGGGCAACGCAAAAAGGGCGUGAUGCGCCGUCCAUCUCCAAAAGCAACGCUCUUCUUCCUCAUGCUGCCAUCCGGGGAGGACUGAACGCCUUCCUGGCGCUCGCGCUUUGGACUGACAUCUCGGAACUCCGCAACGUCUUUGGGGAGGUCCUGCGCAUCACGGCAACGGUGCAGACCUCCACCCUCAGCACUCGGGAGGUGCAAAAGACGGCGGAUAGUUCCGCAGAAACAGCGGCUAUGCAGCGCCUGAGCCCUCAGGAGCAGCAACAUAUACGCAGCUGCAACGUAGGGAUGUACCAGGAGCUCUCCUCUGUGGUGGCACACUGGGUAAGGACCAUCCUGCAACAGACCGAUGCAGCGACCUCUGUGCUUACGGGUACGCAACGGAAAGAGCUGCAAGCAGUCGCUGGAACGCCCGAGGUGUUUCAAGGCCUUGUGCGGCUUUUGGCAGUCACGGCUGGGACAGUCAUUGUGGCGGUUCGCGACUACUUGGUGUGGUAUAUUUCUGUAUAUGAGCAUGAUGAGGAAAAAAUAGUGGAGCUGCUUCCGUCCGACGCCUCGCAGAGGGCCUCACCUUAA